ACAGCAGGUCCGCAGGUCACUGAGUCGCACCUGCUCGCUUGCGGUCUGAGUCCCGGUCUAACUUUGAGUCUAAGUCGGAGUCUAAGGCUCACUUUGAGUCCCAGUUUAAGUCUAAGUCGGAGUUGAAGUCUAAGUCUAAGUUUAAGUCCAUGUCUUAUCUAAGUCUGAGUCUUGGUCUGAGUUUAAUUCUAAGUCUAAGUCUAUAUCUUACCUAAGUCUGAAUCUUAGUCUGAGUUUAAUUCUAAGUCUAAGUCUAAGUGUAAGUCUGAGUGUGUGACCAUGAAGAAGAAGCACCACAUCCUUGUUGGCGUCCUGGCCGUGUCCGUUGUGACUCUGAUCCUGGGACUGGGACUGGGACUGGACCUGCAAACUUGUCGAAAGCAAGUGGCGCCGCAGACGUCAUGCCGCGGCCGCUGCUACCAGCCGUAUGACGACGCCACACCCGGCUGCAGAUGUGACAGCGGCUGCGCCGCCGUCGGCAGCUGUUGCCAUGACUACCACGACCUCUGCACGGCUCCCAGUGAACUGUGGGAGUGCACCAGGCUGCGCUGCGGCGAGGCGAGGCUUCCGACCAGCAGGUGUCACUGUUCUGGCGACUGCAUGGCCGCACACGAUUGCUGCACCAAUUACCAGCAUGUUUGCCUGGGACAACCAGAGUGGGUGGAGGACCAGUGUGACGACCUGUCACGGCCCACCUGUCCACCAGGCUUCAAGCAGCAGCCGCUUCUUCUGGUCUCGCUGGACGGCCUGCGAGCGGACUACCUGCAGACCUGGAGCGCCCUCGCCCCCGUGUUGACCAAACUCAGGACGUGUGGGACGUCAACUUCUUUCAUGCAAGCGGCUUUUCCCAGCAAGACCUUUCCUAACCACUACACCAUCGUGACGGGUCUGUACCCCGAGUCCAACGGUUUGAUCGACAACGUCAUGUACGAUCCCGUGAUGGACGCCAUCUUCACUUUGUCCGGUCCGGAGAAGGACAACCCGGACUGGUACUUGGGACAACCGAUUUGGCACACAGCAAAGUUCCAGGGACUGAAGUCUGGAACCUUCUUCUGGCCGGGGUCUGACGUGAAAAUAAACGGCAGCUUCCCGGACCUGUAUCGACCUUAUGACGGGAAGAUCCCCUUUGAGGAACGAGUCCUGACGCUGCUCAAGUGGUUUCAGCUGCCGGAGCAGGAGCGACCCGACUUCUUCACGCUGUACUUGGAAGAGCCCGACAAAUCUGGACACAGCUUUGGUCCUGUCAGCGGAGGAGUGGUGGCGGCCUUGAUGGCGGUGGACAAGGUGGUGGGUCAGCUGAUGAACGGCCUGAAGCAGCUGGGCCUGCAGGGCUGCGUGAACAUCCUGGUCCUGGCCGAUCACGGUAUGGAGGAGACCAGCUGUGACAGGAAGGAGGCGCUGGAGGACCUGCUGGGUGACGUCAGCGCUCUCUGGGUCACAGAAGGUCCCUUUGGGCGAGUCCGCUCCAAGGACAAGGAUGUCGCCUUGGAUGCCGCAGAGCUUGUUGCCAACAUGACGUGCAAAAAGGAUAACCAAAAGAUCCGCCCCUAUUUGAAGUCCCACCUUCCCAAGCGUCUGCACUUUGCCAACAGUCGUCGCAUUGAGGACGUCAACGUUCUUGUGGAGCCAAAAUGGCUGUUUGAGAGGCAGCCAGGAUCACUCAGCUUCUGUUCAGGAGGAGCACACGGUUAUGACAACGAUGCAGCCAGCAUGCAUGCCAUGUUCAUCAGCCAUGGACCAAAGUUCCACUCCCGCCUCCAAGUGGAGCCUUUUUCCAACAUCGAGCUGUACAACCUCAUGUGUGUGAGACAGUGUCAGUGUGAGACUAUGUCAGUGUGA